AGACAGUUCAAUAUGGCGGCGGUUUUCCUUCUGGAGGAACUUGCCCUCGAAUGGUCACGUUUCCCACUGUGGUGACAUUUCCCAAUUAAAGCUUACAUUUAUGGUGGAAAGCUGUAUUCCAUCUAAUUUUAACAGUUGAUUUUUACCUCAGUUCCUCCCAAUGGAGUCCACAGCUGCAGAGAGUAAGAAGGAAGGAGAUAGAGACGUCAUUCUCAACGGCGAGUGUUCGACGUCUCUAAAUGGGAAAGAGGAAAUUAACAAUCCUGAACAGCCGCAGAAAUUAUGCAGUGCAAAGAAAUUUACAGAUCUCAACGGCCUAAUGAUCCACACUCAAUCAUGCCCAAGUACAUCAACGAAUGAAAAUCAUGUAACCUCUGGUCAUAGUGAUCCGAUAGGAUAUGACCCGUCAACUUCAGAGAAGAAGAACUCCGCGGAACAUGCCGGACCUGGAGAUCCUUGUGAAAAAAGUACAAAUUUAACUUAUGUUAGUUACGAGUCUGAACUUCAAAUGGAGGCAAUUAUGGCUCUUAUAACAAAGGACCUUUCGGAGCCGUAUUCAAUCUACACAUAUCGUUAUUUCAUACAUAACUGGCCAAACCUCUGUUUUUUGGUAAGUUUAGUAGGCUACAUCACUUUUAAAUAGAUACUAUACAAAUUCUUUUUUCUGGCGAGGCUCUAUAAUAGACAUGGAAAAUCAAAUUUUGAAAGCUAGCUGUCCGUGAGAAGGUUGUGCUGAUUGAAGAAAUUUUAACCAUAUCUCGAUAAAUCUGGAUAUCAACCAUUUGUGCCCAGGGGGAAUACUUCCCCCAAGGGGAUACUUUCCCCUAGGGAUGCACCCUCAACCUUCCUGUGUUACCUUUAGACAAAUGAUCCCUAAGAAGUUAUGGUGUAGGAAUUCUUGAUCUAUUUUGCAUUCCACAUGUGAACAGUUCUCAAAGAGGCCCCAUCAUAUUAUUCUGAAUGUGUGAGAGCUUAAAGGUAUCAAAAGUUGAUUGAAAUACUCCUUUGAGAGCAUAAGUAAUAAAGUUUUAAGCAUGAGUUUGGUCAUACUUAAAACAGUUCAGUUUAUAGUGGCUUGAUACGAAAAAAAUUAAUAUUUUUACAGUUAGUUGAACAUCCACAUACACUUUGCUUUUUGAGAGAAAUAUGGAAUAACCAGAAAAAUGGCUUCAAAUCACUCUGCAUGUUCUGAAAAGGAAUUAAAGUAAAAACCAAUCAUGGAAAAGGGUAUCAGUUUACAUUCAGCUUCUUUCUGACAACAAGAUUGUUUUCAUUUUUAAGUGAAUGUUAGGACAAGGUUUAUUAAGCCAAGCUUUAGAUGCCAAAAUCUUACCUUAUUUUGUACAAUGGUAUUUGCUUUUUUAUCAUAAUUUGGUAUUAUUACACUUAAUGAUCUGCAUUACCCCAAUAAGCGCCAAGUGUGGAAAGCUCCCUCUGAGAAAUCUCCAGAUUUCAAAACUUUGGACUUUUUCAUUUGGCAACUUCUCUUUGUAGUUAUCCUUUUUAUUAUUGUUGCCAUUAAUGAGAAGAUUACUCUUCAACUGAGUGUCAAUAUCAGAAACCAAAGUAAUCGCAAAAGCUGAUUGGAUCAGAGGAAAAUACCUCUAAGAACCAAUGAAAACUCAGUAUAAAAAAAACAACCAAACUGCCGAACACCUGAAAAAAGGCAGGACACUAGUAGUGAUUGGUUUUAGUAUUGCAUCAGAUUGAUUGAGAGAGUUGUGCAAGUUUCUUGUACCAAUUACAGAGCAGAGUAAAAUGCAAUCCCUGAUUACUUUCAACACUCAAUUGAAAAUUGCUCUAUUUACUUAUCCAUAAUUUAAUACUACAGUGAUGGACUGUUUUGUAGUCAGUAUAGGUCCACAUCAGGGCUUAUGUCUUGCCAAUUUAUUCUGUAAACCUGGUUCGUCAAUAAUUUAAUAGAGAAAAAAAAUGAUAAAAUGGCAUGGAAUUUCUCUUGACUAUUUCAAACUAACAAUCUCAAGAGUAUAUAAGCACUCCAUGCUGCUGGGUGUCAUCUUGUUGUAAAACCUUCAUUAUUCACAUGAAUUGAUGUCUAGUUAUUUAUAACUUUUUAUAUGGAAAAAAGUUACAAGACCAUCCUACCUUGGAUUAUUGCUUACUACAAAAUAUUAACUGUGUGAAACUCUUAUUUUUAGACAAUAUACACUUUCUAACAUAUUACUGUGAUAAUUUUGUUCUGAAAAAGUUAAAUUAACCACAUGCAUCGAGUCUAACAUAAAUAUUUUUGGAUCCAUUAUUCUUUUUGGAUAAUGCUAUCUGUGUAAUUUGAUUUUUAAAAAGUUUGCACCAGUGUUCAUUUUGUAUAAUGUUAGUAGCAUGCAGUUGACACAUCAUUUUGAGACUUUUGUACUGAAAGGCAUCAGCUCCAAUAGAUUUUAAUGUAACUGACUGGUUAUUAUACUUUGCAUAGUUUGCUUCAAUGACUAGUCUUUCUGCCAUAUACAAGAUUCCAUUUUCUGAUUAGUCAUUUUAUAAAUAGAAGUUGCAAUUUUUUUGUAUGUAUCUUUUGUUGCAGGCAAUGGACAGUGACAACUGUGUUGGUGCCAUUGUGUGCAAGCUUGACAUGCACAAGAACAUGGUACGAAGAGGGUACAUUGCUAUGUUAGCUGUUGAGAAGGAAUAUAGACGGCAGAAAAUAGGUAAGCUUUUUUGUAAACUUCCCUUUCAGCCACUUUGAUGGUUUCUCAGAGGUAAAGCAUGGAAAAAAUGUCAAAAAAACUACUUGUUGACAAUUUACUAGUACCCCAAGCAGAAGAGCAUCAUCUGAGAUGUGCCAAUGAUGUGUCUUUGGGUAAUGUUUUGGAUACUUGUAAACAUUAAAAUAUAUCCACUCUCUUGUAUUGUGAAAGGAUGGUAAAACUGUUUUUAAUUUUAAUGUUCACUUUGGUAAAGUGAACCAUGGUAAAGAGUUUUCAAAGCUGACAGUUCAAGUGUCAGCCCUUUGUCUUCGGCUUUUUACAGUGACCAAUUUACAUUAUCAAUGCAGCUGAUGAAACCAAAUUAUUUAGUAAUACCCCUACCCACCUAUCUACCAGCACAGCACCACAGUUUCUUUUGAACCCCACCCCCACUCACACCCACCUACCAUCCCCCUUAACAAAAGAAUUCAGACCUGCUAAUUUUCAUAUUGCAUGGAACUAUCAGUUCUGAAUAUGUCAUUGGCUUGAUAAUAAAAUUAUACUCAGUUGUACUCUAAUAAGAGUAAAGCAGUUUUGUAGGAGUGGAUAUUUUAUCUGCCUUUCCAUUAUUUCAGGUUCAAAUCUUGUGGUAAGAGCAAUCAAGGCAAUGCAAGAAGAUAGCUGUGAUGAAGUAAGAAUCGCACUCUAAUUUCUUCUUAAGUCUUCAACUAUCUUUGUUUGAUUAUUUUAUGAAAUUUCAAAGAUCUCUUGCAGGAAAGGGUGGAAGACAUAGACAGGGCAUUCACCAUUAAGAAAUCUUCUCAUAAAUAUUAGCCAGAGUUCUUGUAUUUAAUUGCUUUGGUAAACAAAACACUGGCUUUUUGCUUUACUUCUUCCUAAUCAUCUCUUUCUCUCAUGGCCAACCUUUCAAAAUUGUGUAUGUUAGUUGAAAGACUGAGCUACUAUUGUGAAAGUUGACUUAGUGCCAAAUGUAAGUGACAUCUGAAAUGCUUCCAAUUGGUUUGGCUGCACUACAUGCUAUGAUUGGUUAAAAUUAUUCUGAAUCAUCACCCCAUUUCAGACCAAUCUGAUACAAUUUUAAACUAAGUUUGGAUGCACCAAUCACAAAUGCUUGCCUGACCCUGUUGGGUUUCUUUACUUAACCCCUAGACCCUGCAGAGUGAUAAGCUUCUAAUAUCUCCAUACAAUAUAACCUCUGAAUCAAACACUUAGGGUCACAAGAACAGACUAAACGAUCACCAACUCUUGGUUAAACAAAGUCUCCCUUUCAGCAACUUAGGAAAUGUAUAGAGAACAGUAUGGAGAAUAUGCACACUGAUGUUAGGGCUUAGAGGGUUAAACUUAGCCCUUUCUUAUUCACCUUUACCAGAAUCUCUUUGGUAUUUUUCUUAUGAGACUUCACUAAAACUUAUGUGCUAUAAUUAUGAUAAUUUUUUACUUGUGUGAUAUCACCAAUCAGCUGCUGACAUGCCACUCACCUUUUGUGCCACUCUGUCAGGGUGGUGAAUGAAUAGCAAAGUGUUCACCCAGCUUCAUUCAUUAAUGAAGUCUACUUUUCUUCUUAGGAAAGACCUUUGGUGGUUAUGAAAUAAACAAAAUAAUGCCCACACCCCCCCUCCCAUGUGGUUGAUGGUAGAUGUGGAAUCUAUCCUCUUGUAUUUAACUUGUGAGAUAUCAUGUUGAACACUCAAAGGAAAAUUCCGUAUGUACACAUUCCCAUGUGCUAUUCCUUAUUUGGCUCACAUGUUGUUUUACUUCAGGUUGUACUUGAGACGGAGGUAACCAACACAGCAGCUCUGCGACUCUAUGAGAACCUGGGAUUUGUCCGUGACAAAAGGUUGUUUAGGUAUUAUCUUAAUGGUGUUGACGCACUGAGACUGAAGUUGUGGCUAAGAUGAGGCAGAUAUUUUGAAUUUUUUACUGUUCUAAUUUUUUUUUCUUUUUUUGUUUUGGAUCUUGUAUUCAGUGAAAGUCUGUCUGUUUUGUAAGUAAAAUGUCAGGCUAACAGCCAUGUAAAAAGUAAAUUAAUGGCAAUGGUAAGUUUGGAAGAUUCCAGUUGAAAUAAUUUGUGAAAUGUUCCUACUGAAAUAAACAUCAAUGAAAUGCUAUUAUUUUAUUUAUUUUUGUUUUAAUAUUAACUCUUUUUGUACAAUGCAGAGAACAGUGAACUCAAAAUAUUUUUAGGAACAUUAUUUGUUGUGACCAAUCACAUUGGGAAACAGCAAAAAUGUAGAAAUUACAAAAUAACUACAUUAUCUGCUCAACUCUUCCACUCCCAAGAUUUUAUUAGUAAUUCUCCCUACUGUCUGCCAUAAAAUUCUUACAAUGUUUUUGGAGAAUUUGAUGUUGGAUCAACUAGUAAUCCCUUAACUGAUAUGUUUUUUUUUUAUUCUUGUCACUUGUAUACUUGAUAUUGUAUUGAUAUUGUAAGGAGAAAUUCUGUGUGAGUCACUCAUAGGAGUUAUAGACUUAAAGUUUUGGGUAUUCACAUCUAAUUGGUUUCUUCAUGGACACACAUAUUCUUGGUGUUUAUUGUUUCCUGAGUUUGACUGUUAAAUUUGACUUCAUCUACCUUUAAAUCGAAAGUUUAAAAUUGAUAACAAAUGCCUCUUGUAGUUUCAAUAAUUCUUAAUACCAUAACUCCCAGAAGUGAUUAACUUGUAACUUCUCCCCAUAAUAUCAGUUCAUUAUCCAAUAAACAAGUAACUUAUCAGGUAGAAGUUAUCUAGCACCAAAUUCUCAUAACUAAUUUAUAAGAAAAUCUGUUGCUGUCAGAGGAGAGAAUUAACAAUCCCAUAUUGGGAGUUGAUCUUUUCACUCUAGUGGUAAAUGAACAUGACGUUGGGAAUAGCUGUGAUGGACUGUCAUUUUACCACAGCUCCCUGAAAUAUGUUGGACUUCAAUAAUGGGAUAUAAUGAAAAUCAUCUUGAAAUGUGGAACCCUAACAAUUUUUCUUGAGCAUAAUUUCUUGCAACUGUGAAAAAUUUAUUAUUUUCCAGGUGAGAAUUACCGGUAUAAGAGGCCAGUUGUUCUGAGUCACAAAGUUACUUUUAAUACCAAUAACAUGAAAAUUAUGAUUUUUUUUUCAUGCCAAAUAUAACACAGCACCAAAUGUAACAAGAACAGAGGUUUCCUCUGGUCAAAAUAAAAAGCUGAUUUUUGAUGAGGG